AUGAGUGAAGGUGCGGCCGCUGCCUCGCCACCUGGAGCCGCUUCGGCAGCCGCCGCCUCGGCCGAGGAGGGCACCGCGGCGGCUGCGGCGGCGGCAGCGGCGGGCGGGGGCCCGGACGGCGGCGGCGAAGGGGCGGCCGAGCCCCCCCGGGAGUUACGCUGUAGCGACUGCAUCGUGUGGAACCGGCAGCAGACGUGGCUGUGCGUGGUGCCUCUGUUCAUCGGCUUCAUCGGCCUGGGGCUCAGCCUCAUGCUCCUCAAAUGGAUCGUGGUGGGCUCCGUCAAGGAAUACGUGCCCACCGACCUGGUGGACUCCAAGGGGAUGGGCCAGGACCCCUUCUUCCUCUCCAAGCCCAGCUCUUUCCCCAAGGCCAUGGAGACCACCACCACGACCACUUCCACUGCGUCCCCCGCCACCCCCUCCGCCGGCGGCGCCGCCUCUUCCAGGACGCCCAACCGGAUUAGCACCCGCCUGACGACCAUCACGCGGGCGCCCACUCGCUUUCCCGGACACCGGGUGCCCAUCCGGGCCAGCCCGCGCUCCACCACCGCACGGAACACUGCGGCCCCCUCGACGGUCCUGUCCACCACGGCCCCCUUCUUCAGUAGCAGCACGCCGGGCUCCCGACCCCCGGUGCCAGGAACCCCCAGUACCCAGGCAAUGCCCUCCUGGCCCACUGCGGCAUACGCUACCUCCUCCUACCUUCAUGAUUCUACUCCGUCCUGGACCCUGUCUCCCUUUCAGGAUGCUGCCACCACCUCUUCCUCGUCUUCCUCCUCCUCUACCACCACCGCGCCAGAAACUAGCACCAGCCCCAAAUUUCAUACAACGACAUAUUCCACUGAGCGCUCUGAGCACUUCAAACCCUGCCGAGACAAGGACCUCGCAUACUGUCUCAAUGAUGGAGAGUGCUUUGUGAUCGAAACCCUGACGGGAUCCCAUAAACAUUGUCGGUAA